AUGCUCAACAAGAACAGUAAGCCUUCGUCAUCUUCAACAGAAUCAUUUAUGCAAAACUUGAUGGAAACCUUGAACAAGCAGCAAUUUCCUGCUUCAACAGCUUCGGAUUCAACAAAGGACAAAUCAACAAAACCUCCCUCAAAGUCUUCGUCCUCAGGUGGAAUUAAUUUCGAUGAAGAUUUGGAAUUGGAUUCGAAAACUGUGGAUAUGCUCACUCAAAAACUAGCACACGAUUUAUCUAGCAAAGGGUUUCUCAAUGACUCCGACGAUUCCGAUGACGGAGAGUUGGAUGAUCUUUCCGAUGAUGAAGAAUUCAAAAAGCAAUUAUUACAAGAAUUUAAGAAUUUAAACACUCUUUCGCAGGACAAGCAAGGAAACGUACCCAAAUCAAAAUUGAAACAAAUUUACAUUGAAUUACUAAAAUCAGGACAAUCAAUGAUAACAGACAAGAACACAGCCGAUCACUUUAUUUCAAAACUUCAACCAAAUGAAUUGUCGUCACUGAUGGAUCUUUUACAAAAGGAACCUGAUGAUGCAAUUAAAUUUUUUAACAACGACCCUCAAGUGAUUGAGGCCGUGAAAAAUACAGCUAUGAUUAGUAGCGACAUUAAUGCAAAAAUUUGGCAAAAUUUGACAGAGGAUGACUUGGAGGACGAAGACUUGGAAAAUGCUAAUGAUACUAAUCUGACAAAAAAACUAUUAGAGAAGGCUUCUGAUGCUGUUAAAGAAGCUCUCAAAGUUUUUGAGGAUAAUUUAUUGCACUAUACCCAAAACCCACAACAAUUAUUGCAACUUUGCGAAAAACUUCCAGACAAAGAUCAAUCCUUGUUUCUUGACAUACUUUUUAGAGAUUAUACACCUGAAAAAAUUUCUAAACGAUUAAAAGAAAAGGAAAAGUUUGAACAAAAGAAAGAGAUAGAGAAAGAAAUGGAGAUUUUUGACGAUGAUUUAGUGGCACAUGUUUUUAAGGAAAUUUUAACUCACUUCAAAGCAUACAAAAAGCAUCCAGAAAAAUUCAAACCGUUGGUGGAUCGGUUGAACGAGAGAGAACAAAAAGCCCUAAAUGCUUUGAUAAAGGCGUUUUGGGACAUUCAGCUUGACAUUACCAAAAAGUAA